AGGGAAGCCCAAGAAUACUGGAGUGGGUAGCCUAUCUCUUCUCCAGGGGAUCUUCCCGACCCAGGAAUUGAACCAGGGUCUCCUGCAUUGCAGGCGGAUUCUUUACCAACUGAGCUACCAGGGACCUACACCCUCAUCAAUGCUCCCUGCCUGCAGGUUUCUGCUCUCAUCUCCUGGCUGGAUCUUCUGAUCCAGUGGUUCCAUGAGGAAACUGUGGCUGUGAUGAGGAGCACUUUGUCCUGAUUCCCAGUCCCUUCCAGUAGAAAGUGCAGGGCUGGGACUUAAACCUUGAUGUGCAGACAUGGGACAGACCUGUGUCACAUUGCCCCGCCACCUCCGUCCCCAAAGUCUUAUUCAUCCUGCAGUACCCAGCUCUGGGAACCCCUCCCCCAGAGAGCCUCUCUGCAUCUCAAAAUUGAAGGUUAGGUAUGGGGAGUUCCCUGGUAGCUUAGUAGUUAGGAUUCCAGGAUUUCACUGCCAUGGCCCAGAUUCAAUCCCUGAUUGGAGAACUGAGAUCCUGCAAGCCACAUGGCACUACCAAAAGAGAAAGAAAGAAAGAAAAAAAAAAAAACAACUUGGGAGGGGCUCAAAGUUGAGGGGCUCUGUCUGAUAGACCAUUUAACCCACUUCCUUGACCCUCCCAUGGCCCCGAUUUCCUUCCUCCCCUGUUAUCUUCCUUCCUCCAAGUUUUCCUGGAAUGCCAACUAUUGUCCAGGCAACUUUUUGUGUGUUGCACUAGGGGCAGGCCGCUUGUGUUCGCCCAGGAUUCUGCACUGCCCUCUGGUCCCAUGGGCCCCAACCCAGAUGGUCUUAGACUCCCCUUCCAUGGCUCCUACUGUCUUCCCAGUGUCCCCAAACCCCAUCCCUGCCACAGACCCCCCUGACAACACCCCCAUCCCCUAACUUCCUCCUGUUCCACCCACCCCAACCAUUUCUUUAUAUAUUGAUUCGUCAAGUUCCUUCCUGCCUCACAGCCUCGGCCAGUCUCUGCCUUCUGCUCGGAGCUCCUGCUCCUCACCCUGAAGUUCUAGAGCAGGGUUUCUCGGCCUCUGAACUCUCACCAUCUGGGCUGGACCGUUCUCUGUGGUGGGGCUGCCCCGUGCACUGUGGGAUGCUGAGUACCAUCCUUUGCUACCAGAUGCCCGUCGCACCUUCUGUUGUUGUUGUGAUAACAGCAGAAGGCCUCUAGACAUUACCAAAUCUCCCCUGGGGCACAGACUCAAUUCCAGUGAGAAUCUCAGCUCUAGAAGGUGAGGCUCGGGUCUCCAUCACUUCUGUGCCCCCAGCUCACAGGAGGGCUCAGUAGACGCUCCCGUGGAGUCCCUUGCCAAUGACUGAGGCAUUUUACCCCCCAUCAGCAGCCCCAUCUAACAGAUGAGGUAACUGAUGUCCAGAGAAGUAACUGGACUUGCUCAGGGUUUCUCAGCCGCUCAGGCAGUGGUGUUCAGUCGUUCAGUCGUGUCCGACUCUUUGCAACCCCAUGGACUGCAGCACGCCAGACUUCCUGGUCCUUCACCAUCUCUCGGAGUUUGCUCAAACUCAUGUCCGUUGAGUCGGUGAUGCCAUCCCACCAUCUCAUCCUCUGUGACCCCCUUCUCCUCCUGCCCUCAAUCUUUCGCAGCAUCAGGGCCCUCUGCUUCUAGCAGGUUCUCUUGAUUGCCAGGAAGCCCUUAAAACAUGACUUCAGUCUUUUGCCACUUCCACCCAACAUCCGCCACCCCCGCUCUCAGCUUGGGCUACUGGAAAGUCCCAAAACAGCACUGCCCCUCCCCCUCCUCUAUGUGUACUAUUUCACAGAUUCUCAGCAGUUUUGCCUGAUGUCAUGGGUUUGACCUGCUCAAUUUCUUCCCCUAAACUCCUACCCAGUGGCCGGGGCAUAAACUUCUCUCCUUCCUGAAAAUGUCCCUAUUCCCUGGCUGACUGUGACCCAGCCAGGAGUUGGAAACCAGGCCUGAGGGGUGCUGCAGGGCCUGGGGGAUGGGGAGGGGUUCCAGCUACAGCAGGAAUGUGGGAGCGACUUGUAGCUGCUCUGUGUCCCUGGCCUGAGACUUGGCCUAUCUGGGCUCUGUUUUCUUCCUGUGGAAUGGGUGGGGGCGCCGCGGAGGGGGAGGGCUGUCAGGAGGAACACGGAUUCUUGUUCUUAGUGUUCACUCAGCUGACAUUUACUGCACAGCUACUGUGUGCCAAGCCCACGCGGUGGCAGUGGGAACAAGGCAGGUGAAGGCUUUACUUUUUCGGGACUCACCCAGUCUGAUGCCUCAGUGGCUCAGCGGUAGAGAAUCCACCUGCCAUACAUGAGAUGCGGGUUUGAUCCCUGGGUUGGGAAGAUUCCCUGGAGGAGUGGCAACCCACUCCAGGAUUCUUGCCUGGCGAAUCCCAUGGACAGAGGAGCCUGGUGGGCUACAGUCCAUGGGGGUUGCAGAGUCAGACACACACAUACACACACACCCCAGUCUGAUGGGAGAGGCAGUCAGGAAUCAAACACAAUAAAAUGAUAGCAGAGCUGAGAGAUCAAAAGGGGUCAGAGUUAGUGGGGAAGGGAGAAGAAGAGACACAGGUGGACAGGGAAGUAACUGGUAAGAAAGUUAGCUGAGCAAAGAGGGAGGAAAGUCCGGCCGGCAACCCCGGGAUAGGAAUGCGCUGGCCGGAAGAGCACCCAGCAGGGCCAGAGGGGGCGGGGAUGACACUGAAGACCUGCUGGGGGCCUCGCCGGGGAAGGAGAAAGGAGAGGGGGAGGAUGGGGAGUGGGGAAGGAUGGAGGAGGAGGAAAAGCGGGGAGUAGGGUGGAGGAAGGGGAAAUGGAAAUGAAAGAGGGUAGAGAGGGAAGAGGAGGAUUUGACUCCGGCAAGUCAGGGCAACGGUGUAGACGCGCCUGGCUCUGAUGCACGUUGUAAGGUCGCCCCCUGGUGGCUUAGUGGAGAACGGGCAGGGAGAUGGGACGCAUCUACCCUUGGGUCUGCACUCUGGCCCGCACAUCCAGUCACAAAAAAGUGCGGCCGCCCGAGCCAGGCCGACCUCAGUUGUUUCGAGCAGCCUCCUAUCUUCUAGGCUUGGUCUCUCCAUGAACAGAAUGGGGUACAGUAUACCCCCAGAUCCUUGCCAAGGGCCCCUGGUGCAAAGGGGGGCUUUGCGCAGAUAUGCUCAGGUGAUUCCUACAGAGCCCUACAGGGCAGGAGUUACUGUCAUCCCCAGUUUACAGAGGAGGAAACUGAGGCUUAGAGGGUCACAUGGGAUGCAGAAACAAGACUGGAACCCGGGAUCCCCAGCCUUGUCCUCGGCUCCGGUAGCUUGGGCUGGCCCUUGGCGUGGGUCCAGCCCCUCCCAAUAAACUCGAAACCACCGCCAGGAGGGGCGGAACCGUGGGUGUCCCUGGCUCCCCAAGGUGCCAAUUAAAUGCUCGUGGCCGUCUGGGGCCAGAGCUGUGGACAGCGGCAUGGCCGAGCCCGGGCCGGAGCCCGAGCCGGGGCGCGCCUGGCGGGUGUUCGCCCUGUGCGGGGCCGCAGUCUUCCUGGCAGCGGUUGCUGCCGGAGCAGCCCUUCUGGCCUGGAAUCUGGCCUCCUCGGCCUCCCGGAGGCCCCGCUGUCCAGAGCCGGUCGCCAACACCACGGCGCCGCCUGGAGACCCCGGACCCGAAGUCGAGGAACUUCGGCGCCGACUGGCAGAGGCUGCCCGGCUCGAGGAGGCCCUGACGAAGCGGCUGAAGCAGGCCGAGCGUGUCCGCCGGGAGCUGGAGGAGGCCCUAAGGGCCUGUGAGGGCCGCCAGAGUCGGCUUCAGACCCAACUGAUGACACUGAAGACUGAGAUGGAAGAAGCCAAGGCACAGGGUACCCAGAUGGGGGCUGAGAACGGGGCGCUCACAGAAGCCCUGGCGCGCUGGGAGGCCGCGGCCGCUAAAUCUGCGCAGCAACUGGACGAGGCGCAGCGGCGCGCACGUACGGCCGAGGCGGAGGGCGAAGCCUGCGCAGCCCGGGAGGCGGCGCUGCGCGAUCACAUUAAAGCCCUGGAAGCCCAGACGAGCCCCCAGCGCAGAGUUUCACACCCCCGGACCCGCGCCGGGUCCCGACCCCGGCCCAGCCCCCGCUCGCGCUCUCGCCCAGGAACUUCCGGGGGCUGCAGGCGACCUACGCGGCGCGCACGAGGGUGAGUCGGUCCUCAGCUGGAUGGGGGCUCGAGACCAGGAGGACAGACCCUGGGAGCCCUGCAGGGACACUCAGAGAGGUGCCCAAGCUGGAUGAGAUGCUCAGUCGACACCCAUCCACGCUCAGCUUUUGACCCAGAAGCAACCCUGAAACUGCUGAAAGAAGACACGACCUUGUCUCUCUGACCAUCUAGUGCCUAUCUACAGACGGGAAUACUGAGGUCCAUUGGGUCUCAAGGUGAGAUAGUGCAGAGCCGGGACUUAAGUCCCCUCUAAGGAUAAGGCCAGUGUUGCCCUCGUCCCUCGGACAUGAGGACUUAGGGUCCAGCCCUGAUCUGGAAGUGACCUGAAGGGGUCGCUUCUCCUCUCUGGUCCUCAGUUUACCUUGUCUGUAAAAUGAGUGAUUGGAAUGGUGAGAGCCAGCAUAUCCUUGACACCAAAACCUAGCAAAAAUGGCACGAUAGGAAAACUCCAGACCCCUCUCCCUGUGAGGGUACAAAGCUCCCAAAUGAAGUUUUAGAAGAGAACCAAGUAAUCAUUUGAAAGAUACACCAUAGCAAAGGAACAUAGGCCUGAGAUGCAAAGAUAAAUCAGUAUUGGGAAGGAAGUCUGUUAAUAAAAUUUGCCAUGCUAACGGAUCAAAUGAAAAGCAUUCUGAAAAGGUCAUCAAAAUAGCAACAAUUUCAUGUGAGAUUAUACAGUAUUUGUCUUUAUCUGACAUACUGCAGUUAACAUAACACGCUCUAGAUCCAUCCAUGUUGUUGCAAAUGGCAAGAUUUCUUUUUUAUGAGACUAUUAUAAUUAAUAUUCCAUUGUGUGUAUAUAUAAAUUGUGUGUGUGUGUGUAUAUAUAUAUAUAUAUAUAUUACAUCUUCUUUUUCUAUUCAUCUGUCAGUGAACACUUAGGUUCUAAUCUCCAGACUGUAAUCAGAUUUUGCCAACUAUUUUGAUAAUGUCCUCUGUAACAAAAGAUUAUCCUGGUUUACACAUCGUAUUAAUCUGGAACAUUUCUCAAUCUGUCUUUGCCUUUCAUGACAUUGGUUGGCAUUUUUUUUAAAGCCCCAGGCCAGUCAUUCUGUGGUGUCUGAGUUUGGGUUUUUGUGGUUUCCUCAUGAUUAAUUUGAGGUUGACAUUUUUGGCAGGAAUGCCUCAAAAACAAUUCAACUUAAUAUUGUCUUCUGGUGGUAUGACUAUAUAUAGAAAACCCAAGAGAAUUAACGGAAGCUUUCCUAUAUCCAAAACAACGAGGUAGAAAAUCGUUUGGAAGAAAAGAAAGAUCCAUUGACAUAGUUUUUCAUAUCCAGGAAUAAACUACUUUGCUUAUUAUGUAAGAAUCUCUUCUAAAUUAAAUUUUCAAAAAAUAAUUCAGUAGAGGGACUUCCCUGGUGAUCCAAUGGCUAAGACUCGGGGCUCCCAAUGGGGGGAGCCUGGAUUUGACCCUGGCUGGGGAACUAGAUCCCACAAACAUCAACUAAGAGUUCCUGUGCCACAGUGAAGAUCCUGCAUGCUGCAACUGAGACCUGGCGCAGCCAAAUAAAUAAAAUUUUAAAAAUAACUCUAUAGAAAACAAGCAAAGAAUAUGGGCAACCAGUUCAUAGAAGCAUGCAGAAAAAGGUGCCCAGUCUCACUGCUAGAGAAGAAAUGCCAACUGAAACGAUGACACGGUACCACUUUCUGCCCACUGGUUUGGCAAGGAUAAAAACAAAAGCAAAAGUUUGUGAAUAUACACAGUACUGGUGAAACAGCUUGUUGGUACGACUACUUGGGAGGGCCAUUUUCUAGAAUCUCUCAAAAUUAAAAGAGUGUUUGACCCUUCAGUUCUUCUUCAAGCAGUUUCCCUGCAGCCAUAUUUUUUAUUAAGAAAAAUUUAAUCUACAGUCAUUUUUUAAUUAUAGUCUUGGAUACUAAGAACCCAACAGAGUACUUUAUUCACUUUUCACUUUUUUUGGCCACACAGCCUGAAGAAUCCUAUUUCCCUGACCAGGGAUUGAACCCAGGCCCUCAGAAGUAAAAGUUUGGAGUCCAAACCACUGGACUGCCAGGAAAUUCCCAACAACUAUAUUUAAACGCAUGCAAAAUAAUGGACUGCAUGCAGUGGAGAAUCCUGGGUUUGGAUAUUGGAAUAGAAAAACACUUAGUGAAGAAAUCAAAUAAAGUCUAGAGUUCAGUUCAUUGUAAUAUACUAAGAUUAAUUUCUUAAU